AGCCUUCGCGAGCAUUUUGUUAAAGGAAAAAGUUGUUCGAAAGCCACUAUUUCAUCAAAGGAUGCCCACCUGUAACCGUACGCCCUGUAUAUGGGACCCUAUCCUAUAAGGGGUCGGUCGAAAACCCGCCAUUUUUUUUGCGGAAGCCUAUCCUAUUCGAUACUAUACUUCCGGUAGUUCGUUAUGGAAUCUCAAGAAGUGAGAUUCGUUGUAUACUUGAUUCAUAUUAAUUUAACAAUAGCGAUAUGAGUGCUGCUUUAAGUUCAAGAGCUGAACAGUAUUUCUACAGUAUAAAUCCUUUGGCUCAAAGAAUUGGAGAAGAUAUAACAGCAACAAAGGAAGCCUACGAGGGUCUGUGGAAUGCAUUAAGUAUAGCAGAACAAAAUCAAGCAAUCAAUGAAACUAUAAUUCAACCAGAGGUUGCCUUGAAAUAUGCUUUAAAAAAAGCUGAACUUAAUAAAGAAAUACCAGAAUGGUAUCCAAAGUUAAGAAUUCAGACUGGAAUGAAAUAUGUCAUCGACGAGACUGGUUCUACAUUACGAUGGAGAGAUGAACAUUCAGCUCCAUUUUCAUUCAUGACUCAAUCACAAAUGAAUCUCAGUGUAAUAGAUUCAACUGAAGAUGUAAAGUCUAAAUUGAUAAGAGCUCAGUUUGGGGAAUCAUCGCGUUUCUCAAGUCCAGCCAAAUCACAGAGAAACAACUCGAAUUCCCUUAAUGACAAUUAUACUUUGCCCCUUGGAGUUAGUUGCUUUCAAUCUGAUUGUUUCCCCAAUGGUAUUUUUGGGGAUGAACAGUGUAGUGGCUUGUUAGAGGGGAAUAUUGAGAAUGAUCAUUCUGAGAGCAUAUUUACUAAAUUAAUGAAUAAAACAUCGUUAUUAAAAUUACAAAAUAAUCUAGCAGAUGAUAUGGAGAGUUUAGUUAGAGAAAGAGAUUCAGAUACUGAUAAAAGUCAGUCAAAUACGUUAGUAGUGAUGUCGCGUACGAAAUCGAGUGAUAUUAACGAAUCGACCGCAUUGUUAGAGACACCUAGCUCUUAUAAUAGCUUUCAGUCUUCUCAGUUGAAUCAGGAGGAAGAAGAAGAGAGAACUAUACCAAAGACUGGUUUCGAAUUUCUUGAUAAUUGGUAGAUUAGCUAACUAUAUUUAUAUUUAUAUUUAUAUUAUAGUAUUUCAUUAACAUACAUUUGUACAAUUUUAGUUCCUAAACUAUUAUUAUCAUAUUGAUACAGAUCAAUAUUGCUUUAGAAGACACAGCUUUUAGUAUUUCUAUAAUGCAAUUUAUGAUCUCAAAUUAUAUUUCUAUAAGAUAAUCCUGAUGUGGUUAUAGAAAAAGUUAAACCAUGGAUAAAAUGUAUGCAUAUCGAAUGUAAAAAGAUUUUUAUAUUUUAUACAGGAUCCGGUUGAAUAACAUGUAAAAGCGGACACCACGUGAUUCUUUUCUGAAAAAAUAAGAAAAAAAAAAAUAAAUAUAGAGAAUAACAUUUUUCUGUAUUUGUUUAUUAUUAUUAUUAUUAUUUAUUUAUUAUUUUUUUUUCGUAAAGAAUCACGCGGUGUCCUGUUUUACAUGUUAUUCGGUCGGACCAUGUAUAUGUAACAUACAAUAUGUAUAAUAUGAAUUAUUUGUUUCUAUAAUGUAUACAUAGAUACAUUAAUCAGAGAAUUUGUUUUUAUAAACAUUUAAUAUUUUGAUAGUCGUUUUAUAUUUAUAUUCUUAUUUUAAAGAACUUUUACAGCUAGAAUGUGUCCUCCCAACGUAAUCGUUUACUGUUGUUAUUCAGAGUAUGAAAAGACUGAAUAGGCUAUUUUAUUUGAUUUUUUAACUAUAUGUACAUUGUAUUUUUAAAGCAAAGGGUAGCAACAUUUAUUACAUGACUUAUAUCGAUCGAAUAAUUAAAAAUAUUGUAUAAUCUACAUAGGAUAAUUAUAAUAACUUUUUUGGUUCAUUAUAAUUUUAGUAUGUAGUUUGGAAUAAUUUUAGUAACGAUCAUCUGCUGUUUCAUAAAAAUAUUAUAUACAUAUGUUAGUGUGCUACGGGUCGUGCUUGUGUGUUUAAUAACAAUUAAAGUAUGUCCAGUUAUUUUGAUUAAAAAUAUACAUGUAAAUUAUA